AUGUCCGACAACGAAGGCGCCAAAGCCGGCAAAGGCUGGACCGACCGCCAACGCCUCGCCUACUACUUCAACCUCGUCGAAUUCUCAAACGCCAAACUCGACUUCACCAAUGCCCCGCGUCCAGAAGGCAAGUCCGUCGGUGCAUGCCGGAUCAUGGUGGACCGACUCAAAGGCACGUUGAAGAGCGAGUUGGCAGCUCUCCGAGGAGGCAAUGGAAGUAGUGAGGAUGGCGGUAGUGCUACUACUACGACGACGACGACGACCAAAAACAAGCCCGCUACGCCCAAGAAAGCAGUUACACCGCGGAAGCGCAAGAACAAAAACGUUGAUGACGACGAGGUGCGUGCUACGCCGAGGAAGCGCAGUCGCAAGAACAAG